AUGAAUAUCCUACAGCUGCGGAUGCCUGGGUCGCUGAAAGGACCAGUGAUGCCGUCACCAGCGACGACGAGCAAGCUAGACGCUGUGAAGGCUGUAUUGCGCCUGCUGAAUGACGCCGGCAUCAUGCCAGGCUCCUUUGCAGCGAAGGAUCUGUUCCAUCUGGCCUUUGAAGCGAUCCAGAGCGGUGGCUGGUGGGGUUCCUUCGGUUUUCACCUUAGGUUCCUCACCGGGCGGAUCAUGAUUCACAUCGUGAUCCGCGGUGCCCCCUGA